CGGCAAAUGCUUGAAACUUAUUCCGGAAUAGCCCCGAGCGACGUACUCGCUCAUAUCAAGCAUGCUCAACAGCGUGCAUGGGCUAUUGCUCCUUUCGCAUCAGUCGGUGCCUUGACUUGGCUCAAUUCAUACUUGCGGCUGCAUAUCUCCUACGACACAGUGCUCGAUCGUGUCAGAUCUGGUGCCUCUAUUCUGGAUUGCGGUUGCAUGAUUGCACCUGAUCUCCGCGAACUAGCAUACGCUGGUGCACCCUCAGUCAAGAUGUACGGCUUCGACAUCCAGCCUGGAUUUUUCGAAAUUGGCUAUGACUUUUACAAGGAUUUGGACAACUUCGAGGGCCAUUUCUUCCCGGCGGACGUACUGAAAGAUUUCUCCGAGUCUCAGCUUGCAUCUCUGACAAGACGAAUCGACAUUAUCUGGUGCGCGAAGUUCAUCCACCUCUUCGAUCGGGCCAACCAGCCAAUCAUGGCCGCGAAAUUAGUCUCACUUCUGAAGCCUCGACCAGGAAGUAUGUUCUUGGGCUCACAGAAUGGGUAUCCUGGCGGGCACGAUAUCUUGAUCAAAGAAGGCAACCAGAGGAUCCUACCGCAGAGUGAUAGAAUCUUUCUUGGGGACGCAGAGCAUAUCAAAGAGAUUUGGGCUGAAGUCGGAGAGAAGACCAACACGAAAUGGAAAGUUGAGAGUAGACUA